GGUUAUUUCACUGAGAAUUGCCAAUCCACUACUUCUUAUUGUUAGUCGUUUUGACUUUCCUCUUCAAAAAGAUGAAGUUUAUGAAAGGGAGAUUUAUACGGAAAAGAAGAAAAAAAGAACAAAAAGGAUGAAAUGAAGUUCAGAUAAUUGACACAUUAUAUCUCAUAACAAAUGGUCAAUGAUUAUAGCGAGGUAUGAAAGAUUUAAAUGAAGAGAAAGAAGUUCAACAAAAAAGACACACGAAAAUAAUAGAGAAAAAUAAAAAAGAAAAGAACUUAAAAGAAGAUAAAAUGCACAGAGUCAUUCAAGAAAUCAUCACUAUUAUGAUGGUUAUUUUCUAUAUUAUGGGAAUAGUUAUUCACAUCAAUUGUUUAUAUCAAACAAAAGAAUAUGGAGGAUGGUUAUAUUUUGUUGAAGGAGAAUUUCGAUUAAGAUAUAACUUACCAAUUAUAAUGUGUUUAAUAUCGACAAUAAUUGAAUUUGCUAUGAUGAAAAAAGACGAAUUUAGAAAAUAUAAUAAAACAAUAAUAAUGGUAAUAUUAAUAACAACUAAUGUGAUUGGAAUGAUUAUAGGAUAUUACUUUUAUUGUUACAAAACAAUUACAGUGACAUUUACAGGACAAUCAUUAUUCAUAUCAACUACAUUUAUAGUUAUAGGAAAUUUAAUGAAAGCAUUGAAAGAAGGAGAGAAAGAUGAAGUAUUUUAGUUAAUCAUCUUUA